GCCCCAUGGCCCCAGUGCAUUUCCACACUGAAACCCGAACUCCGCCGACGCAACCGAAUCCUGCCCGCCGUCAAUUCACCAUCGUCACGACUCACGACUGAAUGGCGGCAGACUCAAGCCACGAAACCACCCCUCUUCUACCCAACGCCGAGCAAGAGGAUUUAACUCACAACACCGACACGAUGGGCAGCACCCUACUCUGGAAGACAGGCGCCGUGUUCGGGGCCACUGCCGUCGGACUCGGUGCAUUCGGCGCCCACGGACUUAAGAAGCACAUCUCAGACCCCAAUAAGCUGGCUAACUGGUCUACUGCUGCCCAGUAUCAGCUCGUUCACUCGGUCGCCCUUCUCGUGGCUAGCAACAACCCGGUUGCCGGCGCUUUGUUCACCGCUGGCAUGACCAUGUUCAGCGGCAGCAUAUAUGCCCUGACACUUGACACCGAGAGAUUCCGCUUCAUGGGCCCCGUCACGCCUCUCGGGGGCCUCUGCCUCAUGGCUGGCUGGCUGGCCCUGGCGUUCGGAAAAAGAGGCGCCGGAAUGCGGUGGCCGCGGUUUUAGGCGGCGUGCGCCGUCGGGGUGCGUCGAGUCAUGUAAGAUUAAUGGGGGUGCCUCAGGAAAUAGGUACCUACCUGGAGGCUGUAUGUACC